AAUGUGCAAUCUGGUGGUUUUAAGUUCUGGCAAGGACAAUUGCCAACUAAAAACAACAAAACGUUUUCUUAAAAAUGUUAGACUGUUACAGGAAAUACCCGUGUGUAAGGUGUUCAGAACAGAAGACGCUAACUAAAUAACGGUACCUGCUCCGCCUGUUAGUAAGCUAUCAUGCCGGACUGGCUCAGUCUGUGUGUGGUCAUUAGCCUGUUGUUAUGUCUUACAACAGUAGCUGGUUACAUUUUGUACUCGGGACUCCUCUCAGACAUUACCAUACUAACUGGCUCUCCUCCCAUAAAGAAGAUUACAUUCGCCUACAAAUUUAAAAAAGGAUCGUACAAAAACUACGGACAACUUUUUAAGGAGUCACUCAGUAUUGGACCAAAGCUUUCAUGUAUCGCAGUAUUUUAUGAUGACCCGAAAAAGGUGCCAGAACCACAAUGUCGCUAUGCUGUCGGCAGUGUUCUGAGUGAGGGAGAAAACAAGGCAGAUGAGGAGCUUCUAAAGAGCUAUGAGACAUCGGGCUUUAAUGUCUUUUCUUUUCCUGAAGUCACACACGUGGUCACUACCUCGUUCCCCCACAGGACGUUUUUCUCUGUACUUCUGGGAGUUAGAAGAGUUUACCCACGGCUAAGGCACUACAUCAAGGAAAGGAGGCUGUGUGCACACCCGUUCCUUGAGAUCUACAGAGAGGGUCAGAUCCAGUUCUUGGCCCCCUUGGCUCGGCAGGGAGAUUUCUAUGUGCCUGAAGUCCGGCGGGUAGAAAGGAGGCUGUCAGAAGAAGAGGAACUGCACAGUGACACAGACGUCUCAGGUGCAGACUCAAACAGUGAAUACAGCUCAGGGAGUGGAGUUCUCCUGUCAGACAGCAGAGAGACGUCCCUGGCAGCAUCCUCGGUCCACUCUGUGCCUAUCCAGGAUCAAGGGGAUAAAGACUACAGAGGGAGAAGCACCGGGGGAACCUCGUUAAAAGAGCUGGACUGGGAGCAGACUGAUGGACUACAGGUAGAGAGAGAAGAGGGGCUUCAUGGAGACUCCAACCAUAAGAGCCUGGAGGCUCCCACGCAGAAGUGGUGGGGUGUCGUUGGAGAAGAGGAGUAAAAGUUCAGUGAGACAUAUUAGUUGAAGAUGAGCGAAUAAAGGACUGAAAUUCAAGAGGUUGGGAAGUGCAGAUUAUGAAAGUGUGUGUCACUACAUGUUCAUGUCCAAAUGGGGAAAUAUUAAAGGAUAAGGCAGGUGCUAAUCUAUAUUUUUGUUAUUGUGAACAAAUCCCAUGAAAAGACCAAAACCAACAAUGCGUUAGUCCGUUUCUCAAUACUUUCACACUUCCCUACAGUGAAAGCCCAUUCUUUCCUACAAAAGAUUUUAAUAUGUAAAAACAGGUCAUAGAUUUAUAGUGUCAUUUAAAAAAAAUUGGAUGUUGAUAAUAAGAAAAAUCUAGAAUAUAACCAGACUUAUUCUUUACUCUUUUUAUCGCACAGUUUUAAUGUGAAAGUAUUAAAAUCUGCUAGAUUUUGCUGAUAGAAAACACCACUUGAAAUCUGCAGAACUUAUUCAGGUAGCCUGAGUUUCUUGAUUUUUUUUUUUUUUUUACAGAAGUGAUGAUGUUUGUCAAAAUCACACAAGAUGACUGAAUUGAGUAUUUGUUAGCCAAAGCAUUUUACUUGAGUGUCUAUCAAUAGUUAUAGUUAUAUCUACAGUUUGCUGUAAUGAAGCUAACCAUUACUUGCAUUUCUAACAAGAUUUUUGUUUGUUAGAAGCAUACAGAGAAUUUUGUUCAUUUCAAAGAUACCUACUGACUUGUUUACAAAGGGCCUUCAUUUCAUUCAUUAAUAACUGACAUAAGGCAUUGAAAUUACUAUAAGCACAUAGACCUUAUAAAGUGAUCUGUACUGGGUUUUUUUAUUCUUAUGUUUGACUGAAUAUUUGUGCACCUUGUUAUUAGUAUUAUGUGUAUUUUUACAAGGCUGUGUGUUGGCAUAGCUCUGUUGGUGAUAUGCAUGUUUUGAUGUAAAAUUGACUUCAUUUCCAAAGGGAAAGGUGUGACUGAGUACAUAAUUACCUUCUUCCUGAAGUCCUCCUGACCAUGUCUGAGAUUGAGGAGUGAGUGUGCAGCCUUUUGCCAUGAUCAGUCAAGGAGAAUGAUGACAAGUGGGCUGACCAUUAAUAUUCAUUUCACUAUAACUGAAAGCAAAGCUCUGUGACUCUACCUUGUAUUUACAGUCACUCUACAUCUGGCCUCUAGCAUCCUCAAAUUAUUACCUCACACAUUCACUCCCCAGCUCCUUCAUUUUCUGUUUAGCCAUCAUAUUCAGUUAUUUUACUUUCUCAACCUUUCUCCCAUCUGCUGUCUCUUUGCACAGGCUAAUUUCUGUUUGUUUUUUCUCCCUUUGCUCCCUCUGAAAUAAAUAUGGCAGCUACAGCCUGAAAGACCACCUGAUGAUCCACAGCUUAUAAUGUAUGUCCAGUCAUAUCCAUAUCCUUUAUCUUCCCCCAAAGUAGAGAUCACACCGAGCUCCUCACAGCAAGCCAAGCUCACAAGCUCAAAUAUUGAGCAUUUUCUGAUUUGGGGUUUUACACAAUAAAGUUAUACAGAUAACCAUAAACCUACUUCUUGGACCAGGCCUCAGUAGCAAAUUGUUAGAGGCGGGCCAGCCACAAUAGUUUUUUGUCAGAAUUGCAUUUUUGGACAUUAUCUAUCAGCGUGGUCUCUGAGGAAAAUUAUAUUGCAUUCAUGGAGAUCUUUAGCUGCCUAUCUGUUUAUUAGAGUGAUUUUUCUUGACAAUAGCUUGUUAAACUGCUAUGUUCUUACUCCACAGGAACAUGGAAUUGUGAUCAAACAAACAAACCGAGCCUGUUACAGCAUCAAACAUUCAUUAUUUUACUCUAAAUUGGAGUUGCCUCAGAGACUUAAUUGGCAGAAUGCUGAGCUUUUACCUGACAAAUGUUCUACAAAUAAGAUGAUCUAUAGUGGGUGUUUACAUUUUUAAUCUAAAUGCUGAUUACUCUGGGGUAAAAUUCCCAGAGGAUAAAGUUAAACGAGAUGGAUGAGCUUUAAGAGUAAGAGUGAAGCACUGAGAUGAUUUCUGUGUGUAUAAUUAUAAAACCUCUUGGGGAGCAGUGGGUGUACUUCUCUCUAUACACAUAUGGUACUAACUUGCUGAGUCCAUGCUGAUCUGUGAAUUUUCUGUGGGCUACGUUGUUUAUUGUACACACAGGUGGGGUUAGGGAAUCUAACUAGACUUAAAUAUGGCAUCAUUGGUGUGACAGAGUAAUGAUCUCAGAGGCUCGGUGGGUAAAUACUCAGGGCUCGCUGUGCCUUUGGAGCUGGUACGGAUACUGUUUUGUGUCUAUGGGCAUUUAAAGGUUAGGCAAGCUUAUUUAGAGGGAAAAAACAAAAGCAAAUAGUAAAAUUGUUAAAAUCCUGUUUUGACUUUGACCUUCUGUACAUGUUGUAGUUGUGGACACAUAGUGUUCCUGUGCAAUUAUGUAUUAUUGAUGCUAUUACAAGUGCAGCCACUUUCUGUUUUACCUCCAAAUAAAGUGGUUUCAAUAA